GGACCGAUCAAUAUGUUAUAUUAAUAUAUAAUCGGUUCUUUUUUAAAAAGACAAGCCACGGGCUCCGACUUACGUGUAAACUAUGCUACAUGUCGAUGUACAAAUCACACCAACACCUCCACCCAUAUUCGGCACAGCAAGGAGCAUCAAAGGAAGAACCUCUGAGAUAGCGGGAGACUUCAAGAAUCAACGGAUUUCCUCAAUACUCUUGUAUAACCUGGCAUAUACAUUACAGUAUUACUGCCAACAAUCUUGGACUACAGGGUCCAUAAAGCCACGAAAAAAAAAAAAGUGAAACGGCAGCAAAAUUACCGAAAUUUUGCUGCAAAAGUGCCGGAAAACUAGGAAAAUACAGUUGGUCGCGCAAUGGCCACUGUCGGCAAUAAAAAGGAUGUGCCGCGGGCGCCAAGGCACAAGUUCGCGAAAAUAUGGAGCAACAGCAGCAGCAACAGCCAAAUUUUGUAGCCGAGCAAGUGGAGGGCGGCGUUUUGCGCGUACGUAUAAAGCGCCUAACAGAGCACGAAAUUCGACGCUACAGUAGAAGUGACAGCAGCGGUGGAGACCGGUCGAGUAAUUCGAGCGACAACAACAGCACCGGAGGCGAGCAUGACGACGCUGGCCGGCCAAGUAGCCCCAGCGAGGGCGGUAGCAACAGUGGCAGGCAACAACAAGAAAUCGGCGUCGAGGACAUCGAAAGCCUCGAAAGUACGCAGCCGUUCGUACUGCCCCAAAAUAGUGAAGAUGCAGAGAUGGCUGCCUAUUGGGGUGCAGAGUACUUGGCAAACAAUACGCCACAUUUGACGAGCGAAGAGGAGGAGAUGGAGCACGAAUCAUCGCACGUAAGCGUACGAUCCGACGACAGCGGGCCAAGCGGUGAAUGUGAUGGCGAAGUAGAGCGGGCACCAACACCCAUAACAAUCUCGUCCGACGAGGAAGAGGAGUAUGCCAAAAGGCAGG